AAAGCGAUUGACCAAAUAUAGUUAAAGUUUUUGUUCAUCGCAACUACCAAUACCUUUUCAUUGAAGGAAUAUUAUUGCUGGUGGUUUAAUCACCUAAUCCCCCACCUGCAUUAGCCCUUUCAAUGUAAAUUACUCUUUCCAUCUUUAAUCAUUCAUAAAUCAGUAGCUACCCUUCUUUAAUCAACUAGUAUUCACUCAAUCAAACAAUCGUAUUUGCUAAAUGGAAAUCGAAUCGCCUUCUUCAACUGGAAAGAGUCAUUUCAAGCUAUGGAGCGAACUAGAGUUGCACGAAUUUCCAGAUAAAUUCGUUAUCAGACCAUUUAAAUCUCCGGAUCAAGGCUUCUCUAUUGCUCGUUCCGAUGGAACCUUUCGUAAUCUUGACGGUGAAGUUAAUUUGGAAACUGCUUCCAGGAUGUAUACUAUAUUUGGAGUUGCUGGAACAAUCAGAUUGCUUGCAGGGACAUAUGUAUUGGUCAUAACUUCUUGCAAGGAGGUUGGAACUUACCUUGGUUAUCCUGUCUUCAGAGUCAUGUCUAUGAAGUUCUUAUCUUGUAAUGAAGGUUUAAGUAAUCUUACUAAUCAGCAAAAAAAAGAUGAGGCUUACUUCCAGACAUUGUUGAGAACUGUAGAGGAGACUCCUGGCUUGUAUUAUUCCUACGAAACAGAUAUCACAUUAAACUUACAGAGAAGAUAUAAAUUGGCUGAUGGGUGGAUGAGUAAACCAAUUUGGAAGCAGGCUGACCCACGGUUUGUUUGGAACAGGAAUAUCUUGGAGGAGCUAAUUGAGAAUAAGCUUGAUGAGUUCGUUGUGCCACUCUUACAAGGAAAUAUCCUUUACAAUUGUUCUUAUGAAAGAUUACGUUUCCAAACUGGACAGCUGAAACUGAAUAAUUUAACAUCCACAAUCACAUUAAUAUCAAGGAGGUGCACAAGGCGUCUUGGUACUAGAAUGUGGAGACGUGGAGCUAACCUAGAAGGUGACACUGCAAAUUUUAUUGAAACUGAACAAUUGCUGGAGUAUGAUGGAUUCAAGUCAUCAUUUUUACAGGUCCGAGGUUCAAUUCCUCUAUUGUGGGAGCAAAUUGUUGAUUUAAGUUAUAAACCACGUCUUGCUGUUAUUGAGCAUCAAGAUACACCAAUGGUAGUGAAACGCCACUUUCAUGAUCUUAUGCAAAGAUAUGGAGAUACUAUUGCUGUUGACUUAACUGACCAGCAUGGAAACGAGAGCCUUUUAAACCUGGCAUUUGCCACAGAAAUGGAAAAGCUUCCUGAUGUUAGAUAUGUCUCAUUUGAUUUCCAUCAACGAUGUGGCAACCGAAAUUUUGAGAAUUUGAAACUUCUGUAUGAUGAAAUAGCCGAUGACUUUGAAAAGCAGGGAUUCUUCCUCCAAACCACACAAGGAGAGUUGGUAGCAGAGCAGAAAGGAAUCAUCCGAUCCAACUGCAUUGACUGCCUUGACCGCACAAAUGUUACCCAGAGUUAUCUUGCAAGGAUUUCUUUGAAUCAACAAUUGCAGCGGAUGUGUGCACUAACACAAUCAGAAAGCAUUUGUAGUUUCACAGCUGAUGAAGAUCUUGAGAUUUUCAGGACUUUGUGGGUGGAUCAAGGUGAUGAAAUCAGCCUCGAGUAUUCUGGAACAAAUGCUCUAAAAGGGGAUAUUGUCAGAUAUGGGAAACAGACUAUAUCCGGAUUAAUCAAAGAUGGGAUGAGUGCCCUUUCAAGAUAUUAUUUAAAUAAUUUCCAAGAUGGAGUUCGCCAGGCAAGUUUCUCAAUCUCUUGUGUGUGCAAAAAGACGUGAAUGCCC